AUGGCGGCCAGCCCCCGGCCGGCCCCCGGCAGCGCCUCGCGGCCCGCCCCCGGUAAGGGCCCAGCUGCCCGCCCGAGCCCCGCCAGCGCACCGGGAUCGAGCGCACAGCCCUCCGCCGCCAGCGGCAGCGCCCCGGAGCCCAGCCCAGCGGCGGAUCCCCGGCCGGCCCCCGGUACCGGCCCCGCCGCCCCGGGGAGGCCGUCCCGCGCGGUGCGGGCCCUGGCCCGCAGCCUGGACCUGCACCCCGAGGAGGUGCGGGACGCGCCCCGGCUGCUGCAGCAGGGCGUGAAGGUGGUGAUCGAGCGGCACCGCGCCAGGCUGGUCCGGGAGAAGGAGCCGCGGAGCCGCGGGGGAGGGACGGAGCGCGGCCCCGCUCCCCCCAAAACUGCCCCGAAACCCGAGAGCAAGGAGGCGCGGGGCCGGGGAACCGCGGGCAGCGGCAGCUCCGAGGGAGAAAAAAGCACUUUAAAGGCAACGCAGACACUGCAAGAGCCCGCUGAGAGCAGGAACAGCCCCGCUGACCUCGUCCAGCAGGAGGGAGGAGACCAAGGCAGGGCAGGAGGGGAGCGGCUGCAGCUGGAAGCUGGGCUGGGCUCGGAGCCCCCCGCGUGUGCUUUGCACCCCCAGAUCCUCCCUCUGUCGCUGGCAGAGGCACUCGCAGGUCACGGCCCGGGGACAUCCAGAAAGGAGCUCGGCCUGCGGGGACAGGCGGUGCCCGCGCCCGGCCUGAGCCCGGGCAGAGCCCCGGGGCCGCCUCUGCCCCGCACGCCCCAAACCCUGCCCGGCUGCUCGGCCCGCAGCGCCGGGACCCGCGCCGCCGGCUUGGAGUGGCUGCCAGAGCUGUACCCUGAGCCCGCAGGGCUGGGGAUUUUUCCAGGGAAUCGUUGCCAGGAGGAUGUGAGGGGCACGGUGGAGACAGCCAGGGGUGGCUUGGCACAGGGGCAGCGAGGUCCCCUCUCCGAGAGGCCCCUGAUGGAGGUGAGGCUGGGCGAGCUGCACACCUGGAUCAGCACCUGCAGCUUCUCUCCCCAGGGGAUGCUGGGAGCAGUGCAGAGAGCUUGGAGCAGUUACUGUGCCAAGUACAUCCACGUGAAGCAGGGGGGACCUGCUGGAAUCUCCAUGCUCCUGACUGGGUACUGCCUGCUCAGCUAUGGCUGGAACUAUCAGCACUUCAAGCGGCACCGCUGGCGAAAAUACCACUGAAGGAGCUGGAGCAGCACCCAGGGAACAGCCACAGCUCUUGGGGAGGCAGCAGAGCACCCAAGAGCAGGAUUCCAGCAGGAAUUCCCAGCAGCAGGGGCCUAGCUGGGGCUGGAGCUGAGGAGGAGUCCCUUUGCAGGUCGGCUUGUGUGACAGAGAGGUGACAGGGACAGCCUGUGGUCGCCCCUCCGUGGCUCAGGCAGCUUUUAGUAGUGAAGUGAGAAAGCAUUAGAGGCAUCUGAGAGAUCUGUGGGGGCAGGAGAGCUCCUGGAGGCUGCAGAGUCCCAGAUCCCUUGUCUGGGACAGGGGACAACACCUUGUCCCAAGCUGCCAUUAGAGAUUAUUUGACAAUUCUGCUGUAGCUGAGUGGACUUCAACCCCAAGAACCAUUCCCUUUAAAUUCAGAGCUGUGCCUGGCCCAGCCCAGUUUGUGCUCACCCCUUGUACUGGUGGGACCGGCCAGGACCUGUGUGAAGGCACUGGAGCAGCAGCUCAGACCACAACACCCUAAUUCUGGGGAAGAAAAAUCCAUGGGAUGAGCUGUUGUGCCCAAAGGGCAAACCUGUGCCUGCAGCAGGCAAACCAGGACAGUCAGGAGUGCUAGUUGGAGCCUGCCAUUCCCAGACAUGUCUGGGAAAGGGUUGCUCAUGUUGCAGGCACGAAGGGCAAAAAGAAAAAAAGAGCCAAGAAUUAAAAGUCUGAGCUCUUUAUUCUGCAGAGUGCAGUAGUGCUGUGACAGAGGUGUUGCACCAAAAACUCUCUCACCAGCAAUAAAAACCUGUGUGGA